CUUUACUUUUCCUUUUCAAUAUUUGCCCUCAUCAGUACACUUUCGAACUCUUUCUGUUCUACCGAAUCGAACAAAAUGGAGAAUCAUCAUCAAAACUUUCCAUACUACCCUCAUUUCUCCUCUGACCUCUUCGGCUUCAACCUCGCUCCAGUGCCGGACCAGCACCAUCGUCUUCAUACCACCGAUCAUGAGAUGGUGUUCUUGCCGCGUGACGUACAAGGGCUUAUGGCUGCUGGAAACAAGAGUCACACUAUAGUACCGAGCACGAGUGGUUGUGGGUUUAGUGGCUUUACGGAUGGCGGAGGAACAGGGAGGUGGCCGAGGCAAGAGACGUUGAUGUUGUUAGAGGUCAGAUCUCGUCUUGAUCACAAGUUCAAAGAAGCCAAUCAAAAGGCUCCUCUCUGGGAUGAAGUUUCUAGGAUUAUGUCGAAGGAGCAUGGAUACACUAGAAGUGGCAAGAAAUGUAGAGAGAAGUUUGAGAAUCUCUACAAGUACUAUAAGAAGACUAAAGAAGGUAAAGCUGGUCGACGACAAGACGGCAAAAACUAUAGAUUUUUCCGGCAGCUUGAAGCGAUCUAUGGCGAAUCCAAAGACUCAGUUUCUUACUAUAACGACACGCAGUUCGUAAUGACCAAUGCUCUGAACAUUCAUAGCACUAUUGUCCCUCAUCAUCAUCAGAAGUCAUCAUAUACCGACAAUACUCAAACCCUUAUUAGCUUUCCUAACAACUUCAACUCCUCCUCCGAGUUGGAUCUAACUUCCUCCUCGGAAGGAAACGAAUAUACUAGAAGAAAGGGAAUGUAUUGGAAGGAAAAGAUCAAGGAGUUCAUUGGCGUUCAUAUGGAAAGGUUGAUAGAGAAGCAAGAUAUGUGGCUUGAGAAGUUGAUGAAGACUAUGGAAGACAAAGAACAUCAAAGGAUGGUGAAAGAAGAGGAAUGGAGAAGGUCUGAAGCGGAAAAGAUCAAUAAGGAACGCUUGUUUAGGGCAAAGGAAAGGGAGAGGAUGGAAGCUCGAGAUGUCGCAGUGAUUGAGGCUUUGCAGUUUUUGAGUGGAAAGGCGUUGAUAAGGCCGAAGUCUUCUCCCACCAUCGCUGAAAAGAGGAAUGGGAAUGGAAGCGAACAAAUGAUGACUAAUACUGAUGAAGAAAAUAAGAACACGAUGGAGAGAAAGCAGAUGAAUAAGAAAAGGAAGGAGAAUUGGUCAAGCCACAGUGGGUGUUUUCCGAGAACCGAAGAGAGUAUGAUGGUGGUAUAUAACGAUCAAGAAACUAGAAUUAACAAGAAUUGUGUUCACGAUGAUGAGCAGAUGAUCAAUGAGAAAGGCCAUCGUGAAGUUUGUUCACCUACAAACUCGAAUGAUGGAAACCCGAGCCCUGGAGUUGCCAUGGUUGUUGCUAGUACAAACUCCUUUCCUAGCUUCGCAAAUUCGAGUUAUCUGACAAAUGGGAUAAGAUUCUUGGACAAAGUGCAAUUCUGGACAUCGAUCGAUAUUAAACCGAAGAAGGAUUUCAAAACUGCUAUUCUCAAGAGGAACAAGUCUCCCAACCGACUUGUUGUCGUCGACGAAGCCAUUAGCGAUGACAACUCUGUCGUCUCUCUCCAUCCCGCCACCAUUUUCCGUGGCGAUACGAUUCUCAUCAAGAGAUGUUUGACUUCGCCGAUGUCAGUUCCAGGAGAUGGUAAUCGCCAGUUCCGUGCUUUAGCUGAUCAACUAUACAAAACCGCAGAUCGUCAAAAGCACGUUAGACGACAAAUUGUAAAACAGCUCACAUCUCGUCCAGAUUCUUAUGAAGGAUAUGUUCCUAUGGACUUCUCUGACUAUCUAAAGAAGAUGUCUCAGAGUGGUGAGUGGGAAGAUCACGUUACAUUACAGGCAGCCGCAGAUGCGUAUCGGUAGAAAAUAGUAGUUCCUCUGCUUGUUUAUGAAUCAGAACCUGUUUCAUUUCAUUCCAAAUGUCUCUUGGGAGGAUAUUAGAGGUCUUGAGAGCGUUAAGAGAGAGCAACAUGAGACUUGUUCGAUAAUCUGUAGAGCAUCCAAAGAAUUUUGAUAACUUUGGGAUGUCUCAAUCAGAGAAAACAUUGAAAAGGAUAUGGGAAUAUCCAUUUUAAAGGACCUCAGGAAAAAGUGAAGCCAAUGUUCUUGAAAUCUUUGACUAGAGAGGAAAGAAAAAAAGAUAAGUCUUUUAUUUCUCUCUUUGUUUUUUUAUAAUUCAUCCACAUUAAAAUUUGAAUUAGUUUAAAACCGAUUAGAUUUAUAUUAGUUGUAAAACUAACCGGACAUAGUAUCCAACCAUUAAAAUUUGUUUGGUCGUUAGAGAUUAUAUAUGUUCAAUUUGUAUCAUAACUAACGUAGAUCAAUCGUUUUUUUUAAUUAGGAAACAAUGAUAAUAAUAAUAAUAAUAAUAAUUACAACAUUAAAUAAAAUUUGAAUCUAAUUCUAAACAUGGAAUCUGUUGUUGUUUUUUGAAUUGCUUCAGGUUAAAAUUUUCUCAACAAAAUGAAAUUCAAGAAGUAUAGAUGCCAAAGAAAGGAAAAUUUUUAAAAUAAGAUAUGUUUUCUAUUCUUUCUUUUAUUCAUUCACAUUAUAAUUUGGAUUAGUUUUAAAGUGAUUAGCUUUACAUUAGCUAUGAAACUAACCGGACAAGGUAUCCAACCAUUUGAAUUCAUUUAGUCGUUAAAGAUUAUUUAUGUUCAAUUUGUUUUCAUAAUUAAUGUAGAUCAAUGAGUUUUUAUUAUUAAAAUAAUAAUUGCAAUACAAAAUAAAAUUUGAAUCGAAUCUAAACAUGAAUUUAAUGUUGUUUUUGUAUUGUUUUAGGUUAAAAUAAAUUUUUAGAAAGCAAAAAGUGCCGAGAGAAAGAAACUCGAGAAACAAAAUAUAUUUUCUAUUCUCUUUUUUUUUUAAAUAAUUAAUUUGUAUUAAAAUUUAGAUUAGUCUAAAAAAUGAUUAAAUUUAUAUUAAUUAUAAAACUAACCGAACAUAGUAUCUAUGUAUUUCAAUUAAUUUGAUCGUUAGCAAAUGUAUAUGUUCAAUUUAAUUUCAAAACUAAUAUUGAUCAAUCAAUUUUUUAUUAAGAAAACAAAAAUUAUUUCACAACUAAUAUUGAUCAAUCAAUAUUGAGAACAACCCAAUGAGUUUUUUCGGGUGGACCACUUUACCCCUUCUUUUUCUGUCACUGCUGAUGAGUCUCCGUGGAGAGAAUCUUCAUCUCUCGUAACUUUUACAAAGGGGUGAAUGAUGAAGGGGGCAUAAUGGUCAUUUGAGAGAUUCAAUACUGCCCCCACUACUAAAAACGAAAGAGUGUCACUGAGUGGGUCCGCGCUAGUGGGAGGGAACGCAUGACCACCAAACGGCCUGCACUAGUGGUUCAUCAAUUGGGCUUAAAUCAAUAUCUACGGCCCAAUUUAAAAUAUUGAAGCAACGGUCGUUGGAAUCGGGAUGGAACACACUAACACAGCAAUGCUUGCA